AUGGGAUACGCUGUCUUCGUCUCGGCUGUAAGAUUUUGCUGCUCUCGAGGGCAAACAGGAUGUGGGGGAGCACGCACCAAAGGGACGUCUCCUUAUGCUCGAAUCGAUUUUGCACGCUCGGUCAUGAUUUGCUCGCCGCCCGUACACACGGUCACAACCCUGCUCCGUCACAAGGAGUCGACAAAGCCGGCCAUUUUGACCGUGCGCAAAGGUAGAACGAUUAAACAGUGUCAAAUACAUAUGCCAAAGCAAAAUUGGACAUCCAUAUUGGACGUUCCUGAUGCGUCCCAAAUGUCGAGUGCAGUGGCGUACAUGCAGCAGCAACUAAAACUUCAUAAUUAG